ACCACCAAACCAGCGGCCAUGUCGGAUGCGUUUGAUGAAACACAGGAAAGACGAAAGGAAGAACAUCUUUGUUUACAUUUGUCCGAAGAAGCAGGAAAAGUUUAAAUUGUAUUAGUUUCACCGGCUCAUUUUGGUUUCGAAAUGAGCUAGACACUUUUUCUUUUUGAAUUACUUUGCAAACAAUGACAAACGAUCCAAUUGUCCUGUUUAGUUAGCUCUCUGGAGCAUGAUGAUGUCUGCUUGCUACGUGGGUAGCUAGCUAGCUAUCGAUGUUAGCAACAAUCAGUCGCUAACUAAACAGUUCACGGAGGACGACUGACUAUGAUAUUUGACCUCCGAUGUUAUUAAGAAAUUAAAAGAUUGUUAUCAAAGUUUUUAAAAAUGGAUAUCAGUCUAUCAGUUUCCCUUAUGCAGGGCCAGAUGGGUACCGUGAUAGAGAGAGCCGUGAGUGCCGCUGUUGAGACGGUGUUGGGGGAGAUGCUGAAGGUGGUCGGUAUUAAAUUCGACGAGCUGAAGAGGGAGGUCGCAGCAAAAGAAAAAGAGACUGAGCGCUUCAGACAGAUGCUGGAGAUUUCCCGAUGUCAGAUAAAGACAAUGCGGAAGUACAUGAACGCUCUGGGUGCCAGGCAGCAGACCAACCAGAGGACAGCAUUCGGCCAUUCGGAUCCGCACAGAGCUCACGGUUCCUCAGCGGCUGCAUCCGAGGCAGCACAGUCCUCGGGUUUACCACAACCACAGAGAAGGACAGUUACAAACAACACCCAAAUGUCCAUUACAAAUGGAAACGUACUGCCAAGGAAUGAAAUCACUGUCACCCUACCCUCUGAUAACUUGGCCAGAUCCUCCCAACCUUCUGAGAAUAUGAUCAGGGCCACAUCGUCGUUUGACAGCCAUGAUGACCUGACUGCCAUGGUCUCACAAGUUCUGGAGGACCCAUCAUUGAUCACCACUGUCUCUGCAAUGAAUAGUUCAUCAGAGCACCUGGAACCUUUGAAAGAACCAGAGGUGUCUGAUGAGAGCCAGAGGAGGGAGGAGGAAGAAGAGUGUGAGGCUGAGUGGACCAUCAGCACACAGCCACCAGAGACCAGCACAGACCCUGGGGACCAGCUGGUCCUCUCCCCGCUCAGGACUGACGGAGCAGAUUGCUUUGCCACCACGGCUGCCGGGAGUGCCCAGUCACCCUCCCAGUUCCUGUCCCAGCCUCAGCUCCAGGUGAAAGAGGAGGAGGCGGAGGUGGAGAUCAUCUGUAUCAAGCAGGAACCUGAGGAGGUUGAGAGUCUGCUGUUCAACCUAGCUUCUGAGGUCCUCAACUCCCAGGGCAACCUUUUAGACAGGCACACUCAGGGGAACCUCCUGGACUGUCACAGGACAGUACCCUCACUGGGCCAGAGAGACAGGACAGUACCCUCACAGGGCCAGAGAGACAGGACAGCUUCCCGUCCCUCACAGAGCCAGAUGACCUUAGCAGAGCACACAGCGUUCACCUCAGCCAGCCCUUGUACAUAUGGGCUGUCCCAGCCAGUGAAGUCCAUGUCAGGAGGAGUUGCUCCCAGGCCGAUGGUGCGUCCGUGGCCCAAGGACCUGAGUCUGUACGAGGAGUUUAAAAUGAGACGAACUGAGCAGAGGCGGAGGAGCCAGAACCGUCGGAGGGAGAUGGAGAAGAAUCUUCCCCAGCCUCUAUUAGCUGACCUGGUGAAGGAGAGACGAGAGAAGACCCGGCUCAGAGUGGCCCGCUGGAGAGCCAAGAGGAAGCUGCAGGCCUGCCUACUGACCCAGAUGACCCAGACACAACACCGUCAGGCUAGCCAGGGUCUGGGCCAGGGGAACAGUGGGCUGGGGAAUCAUAGCCAGAUUAGCCACCACACACAGCACGAAACCACAGGCCCCGCUCAGACUCAGCAGAGGAACAGUGCUGCCGUCUCUCAAUCUCAGUACAAUAACAGUUUUCUGUACAACCGAACUCACUGUGAGACUGGGGCUGGUAACAUUGACUGCACUCCAUUCCAGUUCAACUCCUCCUCUCUGAUGCUGGGUCAACAUGGAGGACACAGUAUGGUGGAGCAUGUCAUGCAGCCUGCGACGACGUCAUCCUCACAGCAGGGCCUCUCCCUGACUGACUCAGAGCUCUACCAGUAACAGGAGAGGAACAGAACCAGUUCUACUCUACCAGUAACAGGAGAGGAACAGUACCAGUAACAGGAGAGGAACAGUACCAGUUCUACUCUACCAGUAACAGGAGAGGAACAGUACCAGUAACAGGAGAGGAACAGUACCAGUUCUACUCUACCAGUAACAGGAGAGGAACAGUACCAGUAACAGGAGAGGAACAGUACCAGUUCUACUCUACCAGUAACAGGAGAGGAACAGAACCAGUUCUACUCUACCAGUAACAGGAGAGGAACAGAACCAGUUCUACUCUACCAGUAACAGGAGAGGAACAGAACCAGUUCUACUCUACCAGUAACAGGAGAGGAACAGAACCAGUUCUACUCUACCAGUAACAGGAGAGGAACAGUACCAGUUCUACUCUACCAGUAACAGGAGAGGAACAGUACCAGUUCUACUCUACCAGUAACAGGAGAGGAACAGUACCAGUUCUACUCUACCAGUAACAGGAGAGGAACAGUACCAGUUCUACUCUACCAGUAACAGGAAAUCCAAUCAGAGGACAUUUGUUUUGUAGUGUAUUGUAUGGCGUCCUAUUCCCUAUGUAGUGCGCCACUUUUGACAAGGGCCUAUAUGGCCCUAACCCUAUAUGGCUUUCUAGAGAACACGUUGCCUCGUGGGACACACCUAUUCCUUCUGGCUGAGGUUUAAUAACAUUAGAUAUUUCUCGUGGAAUUGUGUGAAUGCAAGGUGCAAGUCAAAUGCAUUGAAAUGUGCUUUUAUUUUAGGAUAACAGCCUAAUAAUUAUUUAAUUGCUCAACAAAAAAAAUUACCCCAAAAAUGUUUUGUUGUACAACAAUUCUUUAUUAUAAUACAUUAUUUAUGUUAAAAUGGAGACAGUGACCUUCCCUACAUGUCUACAAAUAUGGAGGAUCCCCCUCUGUACUAGAAUCACUUCUAGGAUAAUGAUAUGUAGUGGUCCUGGCACACAUGUCAAGAAAACAUUUUUCUUGGCCAAACUUUGUCAAUAUUGUUGAAUCUAAAAUGUUAUUUAUACUCAUUCUGCAACUGGAUUUAAAUAAAUGUUAAUAUACUACA